CUUCCUUGUUUUUCCUAGAAGUUGCAGGUCGAAAAAUUAGUUUUGUUGUCAAGAUUUUGUUAUUAACAGUUAGUUAUCCGUUUGUUGCAUCAAGACAAAUAAAAUGCCAUUUUGGUUUGGACUAGACCACAGGACAAUUAUAUUGUCUACUUACGCACUGACAGCAGGAGUUGCAGUUUAUUCAACGUUUCGUCUGCUUCAACAACGAAAAGCAAAACGAAGAGACAAUGUUUACGAAUCUGAUAAACUUUUGAGCGAAUAUUUGGUAUUUCAUUACGGGUCUCCAGAACAAUUUCUCAAAUAUGACUUGGGACCUAAAUCUUCUCUGGAAUUUCCCAAACGUUGUGCAGAACUCUGCAUCAAGCAUUAUCGUACAGAUCCUAAAAUUCCAAGUCGUGCUCUGGACAUUGGUUGUGCAGUGGGGAGAUCAACGUUUGAGUUGUCACGUAAACUGGACGAGAUCAUUGGUAUUGACUACAGCUAUUCAUUUGUGGAGACCUGCGACUACCUGAAAGUGACGGGAGAGAUGCAUUACUCGGUCACUGACGAGGGUGAUCUGCGGUCGCAGCUGACCGCUCGCGUGCAUCCUGAUAUUAAUCGAGAUGUAGUAACAUUCCAGCAAGGGGAUGCCUGUAACCUGCCCGAAAGUCUUGGUCAGUUUGGAGUUGUCCUGGCAGCAAAUCUUAUCUGUCGUUUACACGAUCCCCUCGCGUUCUUGAACUCACUACCGCGUCUGGUUGCGUCUGGUGGAAUCUUGAUAAUAACAGCACCAUACACUUGGCAGGAGGAAUACUGUGAUAAGAACAAGUGGCUUGGUGGUUACAAAAACAGGAAUGGUGAAGCUGUGACUGGUUUUUCGACACUGAAGAAAAUACUGAGCCCGACCUUUGACCUCGUAGAAGACCUUGACAUGCCAUUUUUCAUCAGAGAAACAGCACGAAAAAAUCAGUGGACCGUAGCACAUGCGACGGUCUGGCGAAGAAAAUGAGAAAACACAUACCUGAUUUAGAAAUAUUUAUAAAUUAAAACAUUUCUUGCUUGUGAAUUGAAACCAAUGUUAGAUUGAAAUCAUGGCCAGCGAAUCGUGAAGUGAGUUCUACCUUAUAGUGUCAAGUGUAUUUAGAUAGAAAUCACUGUUUAAAUAUUCUGAUGUAGAAAAUGUUCAGGCACGAAUUAUAUCCUUUGUAAACUGAAAUCAUUUCUUCAUAUUAGUGUUAAUUGUAUGUAGAUACAGAUCAAUGGCUGGUUGUUCAAACAUUAGAUAACCAGGGUUUCUGCCAUAAAGAAAUUUUUGGGUAUGACACUUUGGAAUUGAAUAUUUACAAUGUGUGUGCUGAAUGCUAUUGCAGUCGACAGAGUGUAUGGGUGCCUCCACCAGAAUGAAAAUCAUCAUCAUCAUCAUUUCCUGUCAUACCUAGUGGCAUUUGGGCAGCGACGAAGUUCCUGCAUGCCGGUUUACCCCUUGCCAAUCUCUCGAUGGUGCCCCAACUGUCUCCUCCAUCUCUAUUUCCACUGUUCGGCGCCAUGUUGUUUUUGUACGUCCUCUAAUGAAAAUAGGGUAUGUUUAUUGUUAGGGUUAAGAAAAUCACAGUAAUGAUAAAGAGUCAUUAUUUUGUUAAAAGAACUUAAAUUUGGGUAUGGUGCCAUACCCAUUUAACCCUCUGGCAGAAACCCUGUUAGCUUAACUAGUGGUUAACACAAAUUUUCAAACCCAAGGACUGAAUCAAUACAAAUCAUCUAUGAAAACAUCUUGUUGAAACUUGAUAAUAGAACAACCAAAUAUAUCUUAUACAUAAUCAAAUCUAAAAUGUAUUUUGUAUUUGUGAAGAAAAAAAAAUUAUGAGGGAAACGUUUGACUAACCCUGGGUUAAUUUAACUGUGUUUUGAACAGCUGGGCCAAGUGUUUAAAUAUUUGUGAUGUAAACAAAAGUUGAGAUGAGUUUUUAUCCAUGAGAAUAUUUUUCUUAGAGAGACUGUCCUGAUUUUGUUGCCAUUAUUAAGAUGUUGCCGAUUAACAUAGAUGUUUUAUUGACUACAGUUGCAUAUUAAAUACAUUUUUCUGUAUAAAAUGUGAAUGGCAAUACAGUAAAGGCAUAUUGUCACAGACCACUGACCUAUUUAGUGGUCUAACAAAGUAUUACCUGAACAAAAAUUAUUUGAUU